AUUUUUAGUUCUCUUGCUUCAUAAUUUAACAUUAAACUAAUAAUCUACGGCAAAGAUAUUAGAGAUGGUUCCAUAUUUGGAUAAUUUGUUUCACAAGAGAGGUUCCGUUAGAGAAAAGGGUUUAACUACAUUGAUCACAAAAUUAAAGAGUGGCAUACAACUUGAACUUGUGGAAGAAAAUUAUUUUACUAUACUGAGUAGAUGUGAAAAUUCUAUUAAGAAGGGGUCUGGAUUGGAGAUCAAGUUAGCUGCUCAAGUCAUAGGACUAAUUGCAUUAACGGCUGGACCUGGAGAUUGUGCAAAUGAAAUUUACAGUGAAUCGCUCCGCGUACUCCCCCAGGCUCUUGAAACCAAAUCUCAACCUAUACCAAUUUUGGAGUGCUUGGCUAUUGUGACUUUUGUUAGAGACGGUGAUUUUGAUGAAACUGAAAGAUCGAUGAAAAUCAUAUGGGAAUAUAUCAAUAAGCAAUUUCUGAAGGAGGGUGUUGCUCGUGUUGUUGUUGUUGCGAUAUAUGCUUGGUCGUUUCUCCUUGCUAAAGCUGAUCACUGUAAGCUCGACAGAAAUUACUGGAAAGGGGUAAUCCCCUACUUUCUGGAACUGCUAAAGAAUGAGGAUGAGUAUGCAUUAUACCAUCCACUUAUCAUUGAAGCGCUUGCUUUAGUGUCUGAUAAGGGCGUCAAGCAUAAAUUCGGCAGUGAGUCAGAUGGAAAAUUAUCCACACUAGUACUGGAAGAUGCAGGAAUGACGAAUGUUCAAACUGCAGUUGAGGCUACGACGAAAGUGUCAGAGGUAUCUGAGGAUCUCAAAUGUCAUCAGACCUCCUUGAACGUCUGCGGUAAUAUCUACACACUCAGGACAUGGUCUGAACAGAAAAAGAUGAACUAUGUGAAGCGUUAUCUAGGAGACGGAUUCAAGAAGCACAUUGUGGACAACAAUUUUCUUCGUAAUGCAUUCAAAUGCAGUAGGGAAGAAUAUGCAGGUCCAACUUUAUACGUGCCUGAAGAAAAAGAGGUCAUUACUGAAAUAUAUGUUCCAGGAGGUAGAGAUAUUAAGGAUGAUGAGAGGCUAAUGGGUCGUUCGAGUAACUCUUCUAUCCAUGGAGAAACUCGGCAACAGAACUUCUUAAAGAGCCUAGUUGGUAAGUCGGGUAACUCUAUAAUGAGCAAAGGACGAACUCAGCAUAGGAACAAACUUCGCAUGAUAUCACAGGAAAAGAAAACACAGCAUAUUCACCGAGACAUGGACUGAUGGAGCAUACGUAGAAGUAAUGAACUUGAAUAGUUUGUAAUGGCAAGUUUGUAGGGAUUCCUUAUUUUGUUUUCAGUAACUGAAGGUAGCCUUGUCCAUUGCAACAAUGUAGACUUCAAUUUCAAUGUAGUGCAAUUCACAAUUUUAUUAUUAUUGUUAUUAUUUGACAGAAAUUAUCAUCCUGUUGUUUCGCAUGAUAAGAACUUGAAAAUCCAUUCAAAGAUGGAGAAAC